AUGACCUGUCUAAGCAAGGGUGGUUCGAUUGUAUUUAGAGGAUUGCGGGCUAUGUCAUUAAGUAGUCAUUUGAUGGUUGUGAGCGAAGGGCUCGCGAAUACCCCCUCGCCCGGACGCGAGCCCUCUUUCGUUUCGCCCGCCCGCUGCCGCUGCCCGCCCGCUGCUCGCCGUGCGUCGUCGACGGAUACGCUUCCUACUCCUUCAUCUUCCUCCACCGCCUCCGCUUCUUCUUCCUCUUCCUUCACCGCCUCCUCUUCUUCCUCCGCUGCCCCUUCCUCUUCUCCUUCCUCUUCGAGUCACCGGAGACAGUUUCUGGAAAACAACUGUCUCAACGUAUUUCUGAUUAUGAGAAGAAGCAAGAAUUGUUCUCUGUUUUCACUGUUGAGAACAAGUCUCAAAGAGCUGGUUUAUGAGAACACAGCCAAACGAGGCCUGUGGCUCUCUGCCUCAAGUCUUGUUCAUGAAGAUCUCCAUCUCCACCCUCGAAUCCUUUCAAAUUUCUGCAUAAAUACUCGAUCUUUCAGCAUUCCUGUAAAGCGAUUUGAUCGUGCUAGCAAUUGCCGAGGCCUUGAUCAUCAUGACUUUCCAGAAGUUCGAGUAUCGAAUCGAUUUCUCUGCUCAUCAGAGGCCGGUAGUGGAGAAUUACCCAGGUGCUGGAACUGUGGUGGAGCUGCAGUAUCGCCUGGACCAUUCUUGGCUUGUGGAUUGUGUGGAAGCGUGCAGCCUGUGGACCAAUCAAUUGACUUCUUCCAGAUAUUUGGGCUGGAAAGAAAAUAUGAAAUAAAGGAUGGUAAUCUAGAAGGGAAGUAUAAAGAUUGGCAAAAGAAAUUGCAUCCUGACCUAGUGCAUUCAAAAUCUGAGAAGGAAAAGAUGUUUGCGGCUGAACAGUCUGCUCGAGUAAUUGAUGCAUAUCGGACUCUAAGCAAACCCCUGCUGAGGGCAAUAUACCUGUUGAAACUGGAGGGUGUACAUGUUGAUGAAGAGAAAACAAUCACGGAUCCAGAUCUGCUUGCUGAGAUGAUGGACAUCCGAGAAGCUGUCGAAGAGGCAAAUGAUUCUCAUUCACUGAAUCAGAUACAGACUCAGGUAGAAGAAAAAUUUGAGAAAUGCUCAAGAUCAUUUGAGCAAGCAUUCAAAAUUCAUGACUUUGACAAUGCUAUAGCUGCAAUCGAACGAAUGAGAUAUCAUGACCGUGCCCUUGAAGAGAUCACAAAGAAACUUUGAUCUGGCUGGCUGAUGACACACAAAAUGAGUUCUCUUGAAAUCUUGAUCAGCAGCAACCAAUCGUGGUGAAUGCCAAUACGCCGGCACCUCAAUAAGCAUACUUGCAUCUUUUUGGGGCAUUUUUCAGAUGGUUAUAAUCAAUAAGUUCAUCUGAAUGAACUAAUUUUGAUAUAUUGCCGUUUUAGAAUUUA